GGCGGAAGCUCCGGGCGGCUACUUGCGGCCCGCGGCGGUGACGCGGCUGGCUGGGGUCUCCAGAAGUUUCCACAAAUCACAAUAAUUCUUAGACAAUAUUAAGACAGUAAUCAUGAACACCAAAGAUUUUGUAGUUCUUCCAUGGGGAAAACCUGGACAUUCUGUGAAGUUAAAAUAUAAAAAUGUUCAAGAACUAAGAAUGGAGAAAGUACAAUUAGAGUUGGAGAACCAAGAGAUGGAGAAGAAACUACAAGAAUUCCAGUCAACAAGGAGCAAAGAAAAGGAAGAAGGAGUGUCAAGUGGAUAUCACUGGAAAUCUGGAAAAGUGGGCAAAUUGGAUAAUCAAUCACAUCUAAUGUCACAAAAUAAAGGAAAUGUUAUUAAGCCUUCUGCUGGAAAAGUGAAAUUGAAAUUACUGAAGGAGCAGCUUCAAGGGACAGUGAAACAGCCACUUAAUUAUAAAAUGGCAAAUUCCUUUGAAAGUGAAAAACCCAGGAAAAAAGGGAAGAUCUGUGGACAGUGUGAGAACAAAGCUGCUUUGCUAGUAUGCCUUGAAUGUGGAGAAGAUUAUUGUUCAGGAUGCUUUGCUAAAAUUCACCAGAAGGGGGCACUGAAGCUCCAUAGAACAACUCUUUUGCAGGCAAAAUCUCAAAUAUUAUCCAAUGUAUUGAAUGUUGCCCAUCGGUUUAUAAAGGAAGUUAAUCCAGAUGAACCCAAAGGGGAGAAUUGCUCUACAAAGGAGAUUAGUACAAGUCAGCAUAAAUCUAAAUCUCUUCUGCCAGGGAGCAACUCUGAGGUAGAACUUUCAGCAACAAAAAAAGCAGAAUGUACAAAUCCAAGAGAUAGGCUUCUGUGUGAAGGGUCCUUCGAUGAAGAAGCUUCUGCCCAGUCCUUUCAGGAAGUUUUAAAUCAGUGGAGAAGUGGACAUCAUGAUGACAGCGAGAAACAGAACUUACAUGCAGCAAAACCAGAUUCAUUGGAAGAAUGUGAGGUACAAACUAACUUGAAAGUUUGGAGAGAACCAAAUUUAAUUAAUAUUGAAUUUAAAGAAGACAGUAUAUCCUAUAUGGAAAAAUUAUGGCUUAAAAAGUACAGAAGAACUCCACAGGAGCAACUUCGAAACAUGCUACCAGAUACAUUCAUUCCUCAGAGUACAACCACUAGUGAGGCACAGUGUUCUCAGAAUGAAAAUGAUGAAGAUAGUGGUGUUGAGGAGACCAAAGUACAAUGCCCAGCUCUUUUUCUGCCAGUAGAAGAAUUAAGCAUAGAGAGACCUGAACCAUCUCUAAAAAUAGUUGAACUGGAUAAUACUUAUGAGGAAGAAUUUAAAGAACCAGAAAACAUCGUGCCUUACAAAGUUGAGUUAGCUGAUGCAGACAGUCAACAAAGUCGCACAUUUCAUGAUUAUCCGAAUACUUUUCUGUAUAAAAAUGACAUCUAUCAACAUCAUGUUUUCACCAACGGAAAAACAGACCUCUUACAUCUUCAUCUUAGCAACAGCUCUUCUAAUUGUGACAGUAACUCAAGAGCAAGAACUUCAAAUAUAAAAUUUGACAACAUUGUGGAUCCUUGCAUUUAUUCUGCUGUCGAAAAGUUAGGGGAAAGCAGCUUUCUUGAAAGACGGUUCAAAGAGAAAAUUACAGAUAUGGAAAGUAAUAAAAAGUCUGAUGAUUUCUGCGUAUCACUUGAGAGCAAGGAUUCUUUUCCAAGUGUCAAUUUAGAAACACCUUCCAUUAAGGAGAAAUUAUCUGAAGACAUCAAAGAAUCCUUGGAAGUUAGCAAUCUGCAUGAAAGGCUAAACUUUGAAGAUUCAAAAACUACAAAGUCACCACUGUUGUUACAAGAAAUAGCCCUCAGAAGUAAGCCUGUAACUGAAAAAUAUCAAGGACUUGAAAGAUUCUUUGUUUUUGAUAAGAAUGAAAUACUCAACUUACUUCCUUCUCCUAGUGUAGAAUGCAGCUAUUCCAGUACUAAGAUUACAGCUGCAGGAGACAGAGACUGGAUCCCAGACCACAGCAUAAGUACAUAUGCUGACAAUGCAGUUGCCUCGGGUGUUCUGCAGAAUGCCCAGAACCCUCCAUCAAGUAGAACCCAGCAAAAGAAUGGCCAGACAUCACAGAGACCUUCAACAGCAUAUUUACCACUUUCCAUCUCUGUUAAAAGAAGCACCAGCUGCCAUUCCUUCUCUCACCCUCCAUCAAGAAGUACAAGUGCCCGAUCAUUAUCUAGAGCUGCUUCUGAAAUUUCAGAAAUUGAAUAUAUUGAUAUUACUGACCACAACGAGCCUUCCUUAGACAACAUUGUGGAUCAACAAACCUUAGAAAAUUUGGAAAAAGAAUUAAGUGUGCUGAGAAAUUCUGCAGAUCCUUCAGAAAAACUUUGCAGCCUAACCUUGGAAGAGCCACCAGUCUUCAACAAGCAUUCGUUGAACAUAAGUCAAACUACCCUUAAGACCUUACAUGUAGAAGACCCCUGUGGAAUUGAGGAACUGAGCUCUUCUGAAAAAGAUACUGAAAUUCAGUCUUUGCUGACACUUUCUGAGAGCAGCACAGACGAGGAGGAAGAAGAUUUUCUUGACAAGCAACAUGUCAUCACACUACCAUGGUCACAGAGUACCUAG